GACAGAGCGUGGAGGAUGGAGCGGACGUGGUCCAGAGAGUAUUUUGGAGAGGACGAUGGGGAAAUGGUACCCAGAAUGUGUAAUGCUGCUGCCUUAUUUAGUGACACCAAAGACCGGGGGCCUCCAGGGCAGCCACAGAUCUGGAGAAGUGGGGAGAAGGCGGCCUUUGCGCAGACACACACCUUGAGAGCAUUCGAGAAGCUCCCACAAGUGCAGACACAGGCUCUUCGAGACUUUGAGAAGCACCUCAACGACCUGAAGAAGGAGAACUUCAGCCUCAAGCUGCGCAUCUACUUCCUGGAGGAGCGCAUGCAACAGAAGUACGAGGCCAGCCCCGAGGACGUGUACAAGUCGAACAUUGAGCUGAAGGUUGAAGUGGAGAGCCUGAAACGAGAACUUCAGGACAAGAAACAGCAUCUGGAUAAAACAUGGGCUGACGUGGAGAACCUCAACACCCAGAAUGAAGCUGAGCUCCGACGCCAGUUUGAAGAGCGACAGCAGGAGACAGAGCAUGUCUAUGAGCUCUUGGAGAAUAAGAUCCAGCUUCUGCAAGAGGAAUCCAGGCUUGCGAAGGAUGAAGCUGCACGCAUGGCUGCUCUGGUGGAAGCAGAGAAGGAAUGUAACCUGGAGCUCUGUGAGAAGCUGAAGGGCGUCACCAAGGACAGGGAGGAGCCAACAGGAGAGCAGAGGGAACCCAAAGGAUUCCAGGAAGCCCUGGCCCUUAGGGACAAGAGAAUUGAAGAACUGAGCCAGAGCCUGGCUACCCAGGAGAGGCUGGUGGAACAGCUGUCUCAAGGGAAACAGCAGCUGGAAGGUGGGCUGGAGCAGCCGGCCAGCAUGGAAGUGCCGUCUGUGUCCGAAGACCUGCACAAACAACAAAAGCUGACUUCCAAUGAGACCACCAUUACCCAGCAGACUGUAUGUGAUUCCCACUUGACAGAACUCCAGCACAAAAACCAGCAAACAGAAGCCACCAACAAGAUCCUUCAAGAGAAACUAAGUGAAAUGAGCUAUGAGCUAAAGUCUGCUCAGGAGUCAUCACAAAAGCAAGAUGGUACAAUCCAAAGCCUCAAGGAAACGCUAAAAAGCAGAGAAAGUGAGAUUGAGGAGUUGUACCAGGUGAUUGAAGGUCAAAAUGACACAAUGGCAAAGCUUCGGGAAAUGCUGCACCAAAGCCAGCUUGGGCAACUCCAUAGCCAGGAGGGCAUCGCCCCAGCCCAGCAGCAGGUGGCCCUGCUUGAUCUUCAGAGUGCACUAUUCUGUAGCCAGCUUGAAAUCCAGAAGCUGCAGCGGGCUGUGCAACAGAAAGAACGCCAGCUGGCCAACACCAAGCAACAUGUGCAGUUCGUGGAGGCGGCGGCCCAGGACAGAGAUCGGCAGAAAGAAGCCUCUUGGAAACAUAACCAGGAUUUGAGAAAAGCUUUGCAACAGCUCCAAGGAGAAUUGCAGACUAAGAGCCAACAGCUUCAUACCUUGGAGGCUGAGAAAUACCAUGAGAUUCGAACACAGGAGCAAACCAUUCAACACCUAAACCAUAGUCUGAGUCACAAAGAGCAGCUGCUUCAGGAAUACCAGGACCUCCUACAAUAUCGUGAUAACUCAGAUAAAACCCUGGAAACAAAUGAACUGUUGCUUGAGAAACUUCGGCAACGGAUACAGGAUAGAGCUGUUGCUCUAGAGCGAGCUAUAGAUGAAAAGUUCUCUGCUCUAGAAGAAAAAGACAAAGAACUCCGUCAGCUUCAUCUUGCCGUGAGAGAGCGAGAUCAUGACUUAGAGAGGCUGCGCGGUGUCCUCUCCUCCAAUGAAGCUACCAUGCAGAGCAUGGAGAGUCUGCUGAGGGCCAAAGGCCUGCAAGUAGAACAGUUAACUGCUACCUGCCAGAACCUCCAGUGGCUGAAAGAAGAAUUUGAAACCAGACUGAGCCAUUGGCAGAAGGAACAAGAGAGUAUUGUUCAGCAGUUGCAGACAUCUCUGCAUGACAGGAAUAAAGAGGUGGAGGGUCUUAGUGCAACAUUACUCUGCAAACUUGGCCCAGGGCAGAGUGAAAUAGCUGAGGAGUUGUGCCAGCGCCUACAGCGAAAGGAAAGGAUGCUACAGGACCUGCUGAGUGAUCGCAGCAAACAAGCUGUGGAGCACGAGAUGGAGAUCCAAGGCCUGCUUCAGUCUCUGAGCACGCGGGAGCAGGAGAGCCAAGCUGCUGCAGAGAAGAUGGUACAAGCACUGAUGGAAAGAAAUUCAGAACUUCAGGCUUUGCGCCAGUACUUAACGGGGAAAGACUUGCUAGUGUCCCAGACACUCAUCACUAACCAGCAAGCAGAUAUUACCUCCAUCAGCCCUCAUCUUGGAGAGCAAACUGAUCAAGGUUCAAUGCAAAUACCCUCCAGAGAUGAGAGUACUUCAUUAACUGCUAAAGAAGAUGCCAGCAUCCCCAGGUCUACAUUAGGAGACUUGGACACAAUUACAGGGCUGGAGAAGGAACUGAGUAAUGCCAAGGAGGAACUUGAACUCAUGGCUAAAAAAGAAAGAGAAAGUCAGAUGGAGCUUUCUGCUUUACAGUCUAUGAUGGCUGUACAGGAAGAAGAGCUGCAGGUGCAGGCUGCUGAUCUGGAGUCCCUGACGAGGAACAUUCAAAUAAAAGAGGAUCUCAUAAAGGACCUGCAAAUGCAACUUGUGGACCCUGAAGACAUACCAGCUGUGGAACGCCUGACCCAAGAAGUCUUAAUUCUUCGAGAAAAAGUGGCCUCAGUAGAAUCGCAGGGUCAAGAAAUAUCAGGAAACCGAAGACAACAAUUGUUGCUCAUGCUGGAAGGACUAGUAGAUGAACGGAGUCGACUCAAUGAGGCCUUACAGGCCGAGAGACAACUGUAUAGCAGUCUGGUGAAAUUCCAUGCCCAUCCAGAGAACUCUGAGAGAGACCGAACUCUGCAGGUGCAACUGGAAGGUGCCCAGGUAUUACGUAGUCGACUAGAAGAAGUUCUUGGAAGAAGCCUGGAGCGCUUGAGCAGGCUGGAGACCCUGACCGCCAUUGGAGGUGCCGCUGCAGGAGAUGACACAGAAGAUGCAAGCACUGAAUUCACGGACAGUAUCGAGGAGGAAGCUGCCCACCACGGCCACCAGCAACUCAUCAAGGUGGCUUUGGAGAAAAGUCUAGCAGCUGUGGAGCCCCAGGACCUAUCUCUUGUCCCUCCUUCCCCAUCAGGAGAGGGUAGUCACACAUGUUUUCAGGAGGAAAUUCUCCACCUGAGGGCUGAGGUCCACCAGCACUUAGAGGAGAAGAGAAAAGCUGAGGGGGAACUCAAGGAGCUUAAGGCUCAAAUUGAGGAAGCCGGAUUCUCCUCUGUGGCCCACAUCAGGAACGCCAUGCUGAGCCUUUGCCUUGAGAACGCAGAGCUGAAAGAGCAGAUGGGAGAAGCCAUGUCUGACGGAUGGGAGAUUGAGGAAGACAAGGAGCAGGGCAAGGUGAUAGGGCACAUGGUGCCUGCUCAAGGGGGUCUGAGGGAGAACAGCCUUCAGGCUGAGUUCCGAAAGCUCCAGGGAAAACUGAAGAAAGCCCACAACAUCAUCAGCCUCCUCAAAGAGCAGCUGCUUCUGAGCAACAAGGAAGGGAAGAGGGAACUCAGCGCAGCUCUCUUUGGGCCCCUGGCCACGGAGAUGGACGGCAUGAGCUCAGGCAAACGCCAAGAGCAGGAGCCUGUGGCCACAAAGCCUCCCAGCAGACCCCAGAGCCUCGAUCUCAGGGCCAGCCUUGCUGUGGAUGCCAACCAACCGCACCUGUGUCAAGCUCAGGGCCCUGGGCCUCAGUUGGAAUUUGGCCUGCCCAGUUCCACCAAGCACCUGCGCUCCCAGCUGGCUCAGUGCAGACAGCGUUACCAAGAUCUUCAGGAGAAGCUGCUGAUCUCUGAAGCCACAGUCUUUGCCCAGGCAAACCAGCUGGAGAAGUACAGAGUGCUAUUCAGUGAAUCCCUGGUGAAGCAGGACAGCAAGCAAGUCCAGGUGGACCUACAGGACCUGGGCUACGAAACUGCGGGCCGUAGCGAAAAUGAGGCAGAGCGGGAAGAGACCACCAGCCCUGAGUGUGAAGAGCAAGACAGCCCCAGGGCCUCCAUGCUCAUGGGAGGACUGGGUUCUCUGCAGAGCCCCCUAGGCACCGCCUUGGCCCCACCUUCUGUGAAGAAGCCUUUGGAGACUAAUCUAGGGAAGCCGGAUGAGUUCCAGGCCUACGGCAAAUCAGAGGACAUCACUGUUUUGCGGAAGGACAUCAGAGAUCUGAAAGGCCAGCUGCAGAAUGCGCACAAGGUCAUCCAGAAUCUCAAGAGCAGGGUCCGGUCCCUCUCAGUAACGAGCGAUUACUCCUCUAGCCUGGAAAGACCUCGAAAGCUGAGGGCGGUGGGCACCUUCCCAGGCUCCUCACCACACAGCGUCACUGAUGAGGACGAGGGCUGGCUGUCGGAUGGCACAGGGGCUUUCUAUCCCCCAGGACUUCAGGCCCAAAAGGACCUGGAGAGUCUCAUCCGGAGAGUGUCCCAACUGGAGGCUCAGCUUCCAAAAACCGAACUAGAGGGAAAGCUGGCCGAGCAGCCGCAGUCAGCCUCAUGGCCUGGGAAAUAUGACUCCUUGAUUCAGGAUCAGGCCCGAGAACUUUCAUACCUACGGCAGAAAGUACGAGAAGGGAGAGGCCUUUGCUACCUCCUCACCCAGCAUGCAAAGGACACGGUGAAGUCUUUUGAGGACCUGCUGAGGAGCAAUGAUAUCGACUACUACCUGGGCCAGAGCUUCCGGGAGCAGCUUGCCCAAGGAAGUCAGCUGACCCACAGGCUCACCAGCAAACUCAGCACCAAGGAUCAUAAGAAUGAGAAAGAACAGACUGAACUUGAACCGUUGGCCCUCAGUCUCAGCAAGGAGCUCCAGGAGAAGGAGAAAGUCAUUGAAGUCCUGCAGGCCAAGUUGGAUGCUCAGUCCUUCUCGCUCCCCAGCAGUCGUGCCUUGUCAGAUUCCCACCGCUCUGCCAGCAGCACCUCCUUCUUAUCAGAUGAACUGGAAGCCUGCUCUGACAUGGACGUAGCCAGCGAGUACAUGAACUACGAGGAGAAGAACGCUUCACCUGGCCACUCAGAUUCCAUCCAUCAUUCAAGUCAUCCUGCUGUAUUGUCUUCUAAACCAUCAACAACCAGCCCAUCUCAAGGGGUUAAGGCCGGAUCGACCAGCAACCCUAUCUGCUUACCAACUCCCCAGAGCCCCCCCCAGGAGGCCAGCCAGGCCCGUCCAGGCUUUCAUUUUACCACCAUGCCCCCCAUCCCCCAGGCACCAUUGCCCCCCGCUCCACUGGGCUUCCUGCCUUUCAGCCCCCCUGGUCCUCCCCUUCUUGGCUGCUGUGGGACACCCAUGGUGUCCUUGGCUGAGGCUCAACAGGAGCUGCAGAUGUUACAGAAGCAGCUGGGAGAAAGCGUUGGCACCGUGCCUUCUACAUCCUCGGCGCCACUGCUGGGCGUCCCCUCAGAUGCCAGUUCUUCCCCCUACCUCGGCCCUGUGCAUCCCCACUCCCCCAGGAGGGGCCCCGAAGAACUGGGACGAACCCUGGAGCCUGGGUGCCAGUGGGAUAUGAUGAGGCCCCAGAAAGGGACUGCGUGUGGGGACCUGUCCUCGGGCUCAUCCACGUACCAGCUCACCCCCAAGCCCACGGGCACUGAUCUGCUGGAAGAGCACCUGGGUGAGAUCCGGAACCUGCGCCAGCGUCUGGAAGAGUCCAUCUGUGUCAAUGACCGGCUGCGGGAGCAGCUGCAGCACCGCCUGAGCUCCAUGGCCCGUGGCAGCGGAUCCACCCCUCACUUUGGCGGUCAGGGCUUGGAGUCCAUGUCCCAUCUCUGUAAUGAGAACAGAGUCCUCAAGGAAGAAAACCGGAGCCUUCAGGCUCAGCUGAGUCACAUUACCAGAGGACACUCCCAGGAGAUGGGACAUCUGAGAGAGGCUCUGCUCUCUGCCCAGUCCCAGGUCCAAGAGCUGGAGAAGGAGCUGGAACAGCAGAAGGGGUCAAAGCAGCAGCUGCUUGAAGACUUGCAGGAGAAGCAGCAGGAGGUCUUGAGGUUCAGGGAGGAGCGCCUUUCCCUCAAGGAGAAUGACUCUAGGAUGCAGCACAAGCUGACCCUCCUGCAGCAACAGUGUGAAGAGAAGCAGCAGCUGUUCCGCUCCCUGCAGUCAGAGAUUCAGAUCUAUGAGGCACUUUAUGGAAAUUCUGAGCAAAGCCUGAAAGCUUCCAGCCUGGGUGCAUGUCACCAAGUCCCUGUGAACAGCGACCUGAGCCGCCUGGUGGCAGAGAUUCGGGCUCUGAGGGCACAGCUGGAGCAGAGCAUCCGGGUGAACACUGGCCUGCGGCUACAGCUGGAGCAACAGCUGGAUGGUGGAGUUGGCAAAGCCAGCCUCAGCCCCUCCUCCAUUAGCCAGGGCUUCUCAGCCAAUGCCAAGCCCAGCAACCAGCCACCGUUCUUCCAAGAUUCAGCGGCUUCCCCGCCAGUCCGGGAUGUUGGUCUGAGCUCCCCAGCGCUGGUCCAAACCGACAACUCUUACCCUGCCCCUGGCUCAGACGCUGCCAUGGUUACCAGGACAAAGGAGCUGGGUUCGGAGGCUUCUCCAGUAAGCAGAAACCACCCUGUGCUAGAGGGUGAGGCCACAGAUGGCUGCUUUGCUAACAAGAAUGGCCGCCAUGUUGUUGGCCACGUGGACGACUACAGUGCUCUAAGACAGCAGAUUGGGGAGGCCAAACUGCUGGUCCAGAAGAUUCUGUCCCUCGUGCUGCCAGCAUGCACCUUCGCUGGCCUUGAACCUCAGCACACAGAGGUGCUGAGCAGCACAGGUGCCACUGAGCUGCGGAGCAGGGCUGGUGCCCUGAGCCACACCCUGGAUGAGGCCGGGGCCCUCCUCACCAUGUUCUGGCGGGCGGCUUUGCCAAGCUCCCGAGGCCCUUUGCCAUUGGGCAAAGUGGGAGAGUCCAUGGAGAGGGAACUCCAGGAUCUGCGGAGCCAAGUGUCGACGCAGGAGAAACUCCUUCAGAGCACGGCUGAGCGCCUGCGGGCUGCCAGCCAGCAGAAGGAUGCAAUGGAGCACUUCAUCGUCAGCCAGUUGACAAGGACCCAUGAUGUUCUGAAGAAAGCAAGGACAAAUUUGGAGGAGCCAGACAGGAAGCGAAGCCAGAGGUCCUUCAAAGGGCUGGAAGCCUGGGCCCAUGCCUGUCCCGUGCAGCUCCCCAUCUACUGAGGAGGUCUGGUCCCACUCUCUCCAAACUGCUGGAGAGCCAGAGCCAGAGCCACAAACAGCAAGGCAGGAAGUCAUUCUGGCAGUGAUGGAAUACCAUUAGCCAAAUCCUACCAAGCCCAGGACUAAGCAAAGCCCUCACAGACAGUGCAGAAGACACUGGCUGCAAUGCUGCUCUCGACGGUGUGGGCACCAUGACGCCUGCUGUAGCACGUUCCGCACCUUGGCAGCUGCCCUCACACUCAGGGGAAAUAGAGCCCUGCCUCCUACAGAUGGGCACGAGGCCCUGGGGCAGCAGUAGAUGCACACUACUGAGGAGCAGGGCCCAGCUAGACAGCGCUGGGGCUCAGCAGGCGACACCCACAGCUCUGCACCUGACCCUGGCAGCACCACUGGGCCAGGCCUGCCGGGCAAGCUCCAUGCCCAUGUGUGCGUGGGGACAGCCUGGCUGCCUUCUUGUGUUUAGCCUAGCACCUUCUGUUCUCUUAAUACAAUCUCCAAAUAUGCAACCUCAACUUGUCACCCCAACUUCCCGUGGAGAAAUGGGAGCUUCUCGAAUGUCUGGCCCUCGGCAGGCAUUCAGCAACAGGGCUCACGGGAAGGAGCAUGGCGAGGCCCCCGCUGCCUCGCCGAUGCUAACCGCAUGUGGGCACGUGUGUAUAAAUGUAUGAUAGAGAUUUCUAUACAUUGCUGUAGCCUUUAAAUCGAAGGCAACCUGCAGACAGGGCAAAUGAGAGGAAACAAAGUUCCUUUCAGUGGCUAUUAAAACAAAAUGCGGAUAAAGAAA